AUGGAUUAUCUUCUGUUUAUCGGAUUACUUUCAUCGGCUAUCGCUAUGCGAUGGAUUGUUGCUCGAUAUCCUUAUUCAGGUUAUAACAAACCGCCCAUGUUUGGUGAUUUUGAAGCUCAACGUCAUUGGAUGGAAGUAACAGUCAAUUUACCCAUUAAUGAAUGGUAUCAAAAUUCUUCUUCUAAUAAUUUAACAUAUUGGGGUUUAGAUUAUCCAUUGUUAACAGCUUAUCAUGCAUAUAUUUGCGGAUGGAUUUCUAACAAAAUCAAUCCGACAUGGUGUGCUUUGAAAGAAUCCCACGGACAUGAAAGUAGUUCACAUAAACUAUUUAUGCGGUAUACUGUUUUUAUCGCUGAUCUUCUGAUCUAUUAUCCAGCUGUCUUUUAUGUCUAUCGAUCGGAUGUUCUCAAUAAGAAUGUUGCAACAAAAAAAUUAACUGUAUUACUGACAAAUCUAUUUUAUCCACUUUUAAUUCUUAUUGAUCAUGGACAUUUUCAAUAUAAUUCCAUAAGUCUUGGUUUAGCAUUAAUUGCAUUUGUAAUGGCUACUCAAUCGAAUUCAUUUCUAACUUCAGCUUUUUUCUUUACCUUAUCACUGAAUUAUAAACAAAUGGAACUCUACCAUGCUGUACCAAUAUUUGUCUAUUUAUUAUCGGCCUAUUGUUUUGAACAGAGAAAAAUCAAGUUGAAAGCAUUUUUAUCAUUGGGAACAAUUGUAAUUUUAACAUUUUUCAUCAUAUGGGUACCUGUAUUACAACAUGAUCCAAUUGCUGUCCUGAAAAGACUUUUUCCGUUCGAAAGAGGUUUAUAUGAAGAUAAAGUUGCUAAUUUUUGGUGUACGAUCAAUCUAGUUGUUAAACUUCGAUCGAAAUUUACUCACGAAGCCUUAGCUAAAAUAUGUUUAUUGACAACUUCACUGUCUAUUUUACCAUCGUGUUUGAUGCUUUUUCGACGACCUACAGUUCGAAAUUUUUACAUCAGUCUGUUCAAUGUUUCACUUUGCUUUUAUUUAUUUUCAUUUCAAGUUCAUGAAAAAACAAUUUUACUGCCAUGUUUACCAUUAAUGUUACUGACAGCAACAUAUCCCAUUGAAUGUUUUUCGUUUUUGCAAUUUUCUAUGAUCAGUGUGUUUCCUCUAAUGAUUAAAGAUGAUCUAGUACUUAUCUUCUGGUUAACAUUCAUCGGUUUUUCAAUUCUUGCUUUACAACGAAUAUACGUACAUUUAAAUCAAGUAUCACUAUUUCAAUUAUUUUUCUCAAUAUUAUGCAUAACUGCAACACUUCCAUUAUUAAUCGCUGCUAUUUAUAUUCAACCACCAUCACGUUAUCCAGAUCUAUGGGUUGUUCUUAUCAGUGUUUGUUCAUGUAUUUACUUCUUGAUCAUACUGGUUCAAUUUCAUAUAUAUCAGUUUAAAGAAACAACAUUCAAACAAAAUCCAAUAAAAAAGACUAACUAA